CAAGAAGAAGAAAAUGGGAGACGAAUAUGUUUUCCCAACUGACAAGCAUGACAUAAAUUAUUGCUAGGAAAAAAUUUAAAAAGACUGGAGACACCACGAAGAACUGCCGGGCUGGGGUGUCCAAGACGCCGAUGCCAUGUGUGGAUGUCAACGGACGCACUGUGGACUUGAGCUGGGGGCGCAGGGAGCAAAGGGUAGAGUGGGCCGGAGGCGUCAUCCAACCAAUCAGCAAUGUUUCGAAGGCGGUGGAGGUGGUGGAGAUGACUAGAUCUGAGACUUCGUCAGAAAUAGUAGAGAGAAUCCAUCCUUGGAUCAGGGCGUCGAGCUGGAACCAUUCAUCAUCAGCAGCAGAGGAGGGAGAUGAAGAGCCCGAGAGAAAGCCGUGUAGGGAGGAAGAGGUUGAGUUUUCUGAGGCUUUAUCAGAGGAAGCCAUAUUGAGAGGAGAAGGUGAUGUCGUCGCCGAGGAAGAGGGGGGGCUGUGUUGCACCGCUGCUGCCGCCGAGGAGAGGAGGACGGCGGGUGGUGUGCUGCGCUGGGAGAAAGCACGCCGAGAGGGAGGGAGAGAGCACGGAGGUGGUUUUUAUGAAGGUUUAAAGCAUGAUGGUAUACACGCCAAUCAUGGUUCAAAGUACAAUCCAUCUGUAAUAGAAAGAGAUACAGACUCAUUCAAAAAAAGAAAUCAUCGAGAGCAACGUGGAUUCGAAAAGCAAGUAGCGUCGGUAGCGACUAUACCGUCAUCAACUACUGCAAAAGUUGUUUCUCACAAUGGUAAGGGUGAACAACACAAGGUUUCUCAAGCAGCACCCACAAAUAGUGCUAGUGACGCAGCUGUUUUGCAACCACAAAGGUGUACUCGUGUUAGGCAUAGUGUAACCCAUCAAGAAAUCAACAUGGCUACUGUUUUCUGGGUUUUUACAAUCAUUGUGUUCAAGUUUCUUUGGGGUAGAUACUACCUGAAGGAAUUGGAGAGGUUCAAGUAUGUACUUUACUUCUAGGGUGGUGUAGCUCAAAACUGUUGGAAUUAAAGAAGGAAGAACACU